AUAAAACUUUUAUAGAUUGAAAAUAACAUGAAAUGUAAUUAUCUUAGCAAUUAUAAUUUGUUUAUUUUAACCAGCUAAUAAAUCAUUCAUUUUAACUGCAAUUUGAGUUGAAAUUGGCAAUGCGCUGUUGUUAUUUCAACUUUAAUAGUGUUGUUUUAAUCAGGGGCUGAUGUUAUCAAUGAUUGUUGAAUUAUUAUUGUGUUAAUAUCUAUUUUUAGCGCGAAAGAAGAAAACCACAAAAUCGAUACCAAUUUGUAAACUAACUCGUUUACUCGUUUGCUUAUCAGUGAUUAAAGCCUUAAUAAGUACGCCACUCGCAUAGUCAUUAGUCGGGAAAUCGCAAUUCUCUUCAUAGUCUUGUUGAGUAUAGACUUGUCAGUUGUCAGUGGUUUUAGUCAAUUAAUACAGUUACAACUUACAUUUUUGAUCACUGUUGUAACUUCUGUAUAGUGUUGUGAAGUGUUGUUAAAAUAAAAUGAAUACACUGGACGAAUCCGUUGAGUAUUUUCCAUCACCGAGUAAUGCUACUGAAGUUUUGCAUAUUAUGACUAAUCUACCAGAUUGUUCAAAUUCUAUUUUACAAGAUAUAUCAUAUCCUACAAGUCCAUUGAGUUCAAAUUUAGAAAAACAAUUAGAUAAAUCGCCUUAUUCCAACAACGCUAAAUAUGGGUCAUAUAAACCAAUGACAUGGACAAUUGAAACAAUGUUAAAUCUAUUGCACACAACAAUUGAUGGUAGGUACAUUCUUGCAGAUAGUGUGAAAAAUAGUGGAAAUUUAUCUGAUGAUUCAAAAAAUUUAUUGACACAACUCUUAAUUAACCAUCUUUUACAAGACCAGCACAAAGGAAAUGAUUUGUUCUUCAGAAAAAUUACAGAGCUGAUAGUGGAAGUUUUUCCAAAAGAACAAAAGUCUGUUUAUUUUAUCCCGUCAAAAACUGAAGGUAGUCAUCAAACGCAUGCAAAAGGAAAGUUAAUUGAGAGAUGGAAGAAUGUUGCACGUAGGCUAAGAUGUGUUGGUGCUAUAUCAUAUGAUAGAGUAAAGCCAUCAAAAACUGUAAAUACAAUAUCCCAGUCUAUACAUUUUUCAGAUGAAGUACUUGAAGUUAAAAAAUGGCUUAUUUCUGAUGGGCUAAAUUUUAAUUUAUAUGAUAUUAGAGACAAGUGGGAAUUCACCUUUAACUUAAGGAAAAAUGACAUAUUUGAUUUAACUUCCUUAUCUGAUGUGUUUAAAGCAUGGCCAAUAUUUCAAGGUCCUAAUAGUUAUGAACUAAUUCUGGAGGAUUUUAAAAUUGGAUACCAAAAAACUAAUACACAUGAAGAUUUUAAGAAUUCCUGGGAAAAGUUUUCCAAACGUUUGAUUGAGAUCAGAAAAUCAUCUAUAAAGGAUAAGCAUGCCCUAACACUUCUCAAACGUUUGGAUUCUUCAAAUUUGAAUGGAGGUGAGAUAUUAAUAUUCAAUAUUAAAUUUAUUAACUAUGUACCUAUAAUAAUAUGUAUUCAUAUUAAAUAUGUGCAGAUAUAAAUUUAUCGUUUAACAUUAGUUUAUUUCUUAAA